AUGGGGGACGCAGGGGGAGCACUGGGGUGGCACAGGGAGGGGACAGUGACCCCAGCACCCUUCCAGCACGACGUGGAGCUGACAGACCCGCGUGGCCGGACGCCCCUGGAGCUGGCCGUGUCUCUGGGCCACCUGGAAUCCGUGCGGGUGCUGCUGCGGCACAACGCCAACGUGGGCCGGGAGAAUGCCAACGGAUGGACGGUGCUGCAGGAGGCGGUGAGCACGGGGGACCCCGAGAUGGUGCAGCUGGUGCUCCAGUACCGUGACUACCAGCGGGCGACGCGGCGCCUCGCUGGCAUCCCCGAGCUGCUCAGCAAACUGCGGCGGGCAUCCGACUUCUACGUGGAGAUGAAGUGGGAGUUCACGAGCUGGGUGCCCCUGGUGUCCAAGGUGUGUCCCAGCGACGUGUACCGCGUGUGGAAGCGCGGCGAGAGCCUGCGGGUGGAC